CUAAACAAAGAAGCCCAAAAGAAUCCAUAAAAAAAAGACUGACAAUUUCCAGAGACGGGGAAAAACAGCAGAUGUUAAAAUCUUAAGAAAAAAGAAAUAUUCCCAAAUAAUAAAUGCUGGAAAAACUCAGUGGGUCGAGCAGCAUCUGUGGAGACAGAGGGAUGGUAGGGAUGGUCAAUGUUUCGCCUCAAGACUCUGCAUUAGGACUGAGACUGUACAGCAAGAUACUUAACGUAUGGAAGUGAAAGGGAGGGUUGUAACAGAGGUUGGCAGUGGUGGGGAAUGAUGAGCAAAUGGAGUGAAGUGGGGUAGGGGAGGGUGGAUUACUUUGUCUCAUUUGUCAGAGACUGGUAACUUGUAGCUAACUUCUUAAUUUUUACAAGAACAAUAAAUAAGUAACAUUUCUAUUUGUUGAAACAAUGUGUUUAGUUUCUGAGUAGUGUGACCCAUACAAAUGUCACUACAUUUGACUCCCUAGAUCAGGGGGUCCACGGCCCCCUCGGUUAAUGGUGGGGGUCCAUGACAUAAGAAAAGGUUGUGUACCCCUGCCCUAAACUUAGAUGUUGCAAUGAGAUGGUGUUCAAUAUUUGUUUUUGUAUUUUUGUUCAGGAAUUCACUGUGAUAGAUGUUCCCCUGGCUUCUAUGGAGAUCGCUGUCUGCCUUGUAGCUGCAAUGAUAACAUAGACAGAAGAGAUACAGAGGCUUGUGACCAGUGGACUGGCGAGUGUCUGAAAUGCCUGUAUGAUACCUACGGAGAAAACUGCCAGCUGUGCAGGCCCGGAUAUUAUGGGUCAGCAGUGAACAAGGAUUGUAGAGAGUUCCGUCGAUCGAGGGGAGCCCUGUUGACACAGCGAUGGAAUCCAGGAUAAGGUGGAGAGUGGGAGUGUUGCUGUGGCAGCUCCUGUUCCUGGGGGGCGCAGGAGCUGUCUGCCAUACGGGCAGUGCCAGUGAGUGCCAGUCCGCGUCCCCUGUACCUGGGACCAGUCUGGCUGGAGAAGGUUUCGAUAUAGUGACGCUGAGUGCCAAGGGGGCCUACGUGGUGGACGUGGAGAGCUGGGAGCGCCCGGACGGCACCUGCACCCUCUGCACAAACUCACAGAUGGCAGGUGAACGGCAACGCCUCCCCCUGGCCGUGGUGGACUGGCGUGCUCAGCGCAGCUGCAGCCGGACCUUGUCCAGCCAGCUCUUCCGCUCGGUCUCCGAGCUGGCUGAGUCGAUCAACUCCAGUCUGGACGUCAGCUGGCGUGCUGACCUGAGCCUUCAGCCCCAACCUGGACAAACGGUCAGUGUGGGGCUGGCGGGCUCCAAAUCCAAGGCCAUGUCCUUCGCCAGCCACAAGGCCAAAUCAGAUCGCUACAGCUUCACCAGCCAUACUUUCCAAUGUAAUCUGUACGGCUACCGUCUGAAGAACCCUCCGCCCCUGUCAGCCCAGUUCUCUGCCCACCUGGGCCGGAUCACUAACACCUCCUACGAGGGUGCCCGACACCACUACCGCAGACUGGUGGAGACUUUUGGAACACAUUACAUCCAGUUGGUGAAGCUGGGGGGCUCCUUCAAGGACUUGACAGCCAUCCGCACCUGCAAGGCUGCAGCAGACGGCCUCACUGUUGAGGAAGUGAAGGACUGUCUAAGUGUAGAGGCCAGUUACGAGGUGAUCACGGCAGCAAAGGCCUCAGCUAAAGCCUCGUUCUGUAAGAGUAAGGCCUCUUCCCUCAGCCAUGGUAGCAGCUUCCACCAGGUCUUCAACGAGAGGCUAACGGAAACCUCAGGGGGUCACUCCAUUGGGGACACAGACACCCUCUUCUCCUCUGACCCCACUGUCUUCACCAGCUGGCUGAAGAGUCUGACAGAAUCACCAGGGCUGAUCGGUUACAAGUUGUACCCUAUUCAUUACCUGCUUCCUGAUGACGACCACAGGCGAGACCAGCUAAUGCUCUAUCUCUCAGAGUACAUCUUGGCCAAUGCCCAGAUACCGGACUGCUCCAAAGCAACCUGCCCUGCAGGCAAGAGCAAGAGUGCCUCUGAUCCUUGCUCCUGCCUCUGCCCAGAAAACAACUGGACUGACCGUCUCUGCUGUGCCAAGCAGAAAGGCAUGGGGCACCUGGUGGUCACUGUCAUGAGGGGCUUCGACCUCUGGGGUGACCAAAUUACAGGCACUGAUGGUUUUGUGAAGGUCUCUUAUGGGCGGAUCAAAGCUCAGACCUCAAUAGUGUACAAUAAUAACAACCCCCAGUGGAAAGCCCGACUGGACCUGGGUGAGGUGCUGGUCGCCAGUCACCUGAAACUCACCCUGACCGUCUACGAUGUGGACAAAUUUAGGAACGAAGCCCUGGGGACCUGUGUGGUACCCCUCACCUCUGGGUCGACAGAUCGUACGUGUUACCUCAAGUACGGCAAGGUCACCUACAAUCUGUCCUUCACCUGUGGCUCCCACCUGCAGGGUCCCACCUGCCAUCAGUACGCCCCAAGUGCAGGAGGGCCUGGGUUCCAAGGGCUCCUGUGGGCCAACCAAUCCUCUUCCUCAGAGAUCCCCUCCCUGAAGGUUAUCUUUCCUUGAACUUUGUCCACUCAGCUUGCUCCCAGCUGCCCCGUAUGACUUCUUCACUCUUCGAGGAUUCCUCUCUUACACCAGUUCUCCUGACCUUGACCCUCUCACCACCUCGACAUGGCAACCAUUGCUCUCCCCAUCCGUCCUGCACAAAUACCCUCUCUCUACAUCAGAUGCCUCCCCGGGCACAGAAGGCUAUGCAAGGAGAUACUUUAGGUACAAAUUGACAGAUGAAAUUGUUUGAUUGCCUCUUGCUUUGUUUGUUCAACCUUGUGUGUUUUUUGCAAUAAAUGUCACUCAGCAUAAUU